AUGUCGAAGGGUUCGUUUCCGUUCACCUCUACAUCACUGCGCUCGCUCAGACUGGAGCAGGAGUUUCAAGAGUGGGAAGAUGCCCGUCGAGCUUUGGCCCACAGGAGAGCCAUGACCAGGUCCCCUCUGCCUCGGGCCCCUCGGCCUCCUCCCAGGCAGCAGCGGCUGCAGGAGGUUCGAGCCCCUCCGCCUCAGGUCUGCUGCAGAGACACGACCAUCCACAACACCUUCAUGUGUGGCGACAUGAAAGGAAUCUAUGCGGUGCUGAAGGACCCUGCGAUGGUCAACGCCCUGAUGGAGACAGUGCAUGAGGAGAUGGUGUGGGCCCCGGAGAUGGGGAUGUGGACGAUGAGCUCCAAGGUGAAGCAGACCUCAGCCUUACGCCUGGCUGCCAGCAGAGGACACGCAGCGUGUGUGGAGGAGCUGCUGUUCCGUGGAGCUGAGGUCAACGCUGACCCCGGGGGCAACACGGCUCUCCAUGACGCCUGCGUGGGAGGCCACUCCGUCUGCGUCCAGCUGUUGUUGUGUCACGGAGCAGAUCCUGAACUGGUGGCAGCGGACGGCAGGGCUCCUCUUCACCUCUGUUCCUCCAUGCACUCACUCCACUGUGCUCAGCUGCUGUUAGAAGGAGGCGCCGACGUCAACGUGAGGAGCAGGGAGUCGAGGCUCACCCCUCUGCACGUGGCCGCCCGGCGAGGCCUGGAGGAGCACGUGGACCUCUUCCUCCACCACGGAGCAGAUGUUUUAGCCACCAGUCAAGAGGGGGAGACGCCUCUGAACGCCGCGUGCUCCGGAGCGGAGAGGCCGUCCGAGGCGGGACGGUACCUCCGUGUGAUCCAGAAGCUGCUGGACGCAGGAGCUGACCCCAGAACCGCAGGAAGGAAGCAGCACACCCCGCUGCACAACGCCUGCGCAAACUGCUGCCCCAGGAUCGUGGAGGUCCUCCUGCAGCGCGGAGCCCAGGCCGAGGUGGUGAACUGUGCAGGACACACACCCAUGGACUGUUUGAUGCAGGUGCUGGAGGAUUACCCGAACCAACAACCCGAGGCCGUAGCCCAAUCCCUCCUGAACCACGGAGCCAAAGGAGUUCCACUGAAGAUGCUGAAGCUUUGCGCCUCCGUUCCUUCCGUCCUGGAGGUGAUGCUGAACUCGUCCCCCUCCCUCCCUCCUUGUGAGUGGAUGGACUCUCUGUCCUCUGAGGUGUGUGAGGAGAACCGGCCUCUCUUGGAUCUGCUGCGUCAGAGGAGCGGCUCUCCUCGCUCUCUGCAGCAUCUCUGUCGAUGUGCUCUUCGUCAGCAGUUGGGAGCUCGAUGUCACUCAGCUGUCAGGGAACUGGACGUUCCCACCUCUGUGAGGGACUUUCUGCUGCUGUGCAACGAUGGGACACUUAAAUAA